UGGGGGUGGGGGGAGUACAAUAAAAUACGACUGUGUGAUUAUUUUUUGGUUCGCUUAAAAUCCCUGACCGGAAGCUGGACGUCAGCACUCCGUGUAACUUGACCACUGUUGGGAAAACGGAGCAGAAGAGCGAAACAUGGCGACUUCGAACAAUCCGCGGAAAUUCAGCGAGAAAAUCGCUUUACAUAAUCAGAAGCAGGCAGAGGAGACAGCGGCAUUUGAAGAAGUGAUGAAGGACCUGAGCAUAACGCGGGCAGCCAGGCUCCAGCUGCAGGACACAAAGUAUUUGCAGAUGGGAUCGAGCCGUGGGCAAUACUACGGAGGGUCUUUGCCAAAUGUGAAUCAGGUUGGAAGCUGCACUGCUGAUGUGUCUUUUCAGAAUUCAGGUCUUGACACUAAUAGAUCUACUCGACACCACGGAUUGGUGGACAGAGUCUACAGAGACCGGAACCGCAUUACAUCACCCAAUCGGAAACCGCUCUCUAUCGACAAACAUGGACGCCAGAUAUCCUUUACAGCUAUAAAUUGCCCUCAUGGGAUGAUGAUUUCGCCUCCUGACACCAGCUGGAGAAGAACAAAUUCAGACUCAGCCCUGCAUCAGAGCACUCUGACUCCUACACAACACGCCUCCUUCACUGGAGGCUCUCAGGAACUUCAGCCAAAACGAGUUCUCCUCCUCACUGUGCCAGGGUCUGGAGUCCUUAAGCAAGAGGUUGAUGAAGACGGACAGAAGCAGAGCUGGGACUGUAAAAAGAAUGUGUCGCAGUCUGAACCUUGUCAAGUUCCUGGCAUUCACAUAUUCCCAACCCCCGAGCAGCAGAUGACCACGUCUCUGAAACCAGCGGCCCACAACAGUGGCGGAUCUCUUCCUGACCUGACCAACAUCCAGUUUCCUCCUCCUCUGCCCACCCCGCUGGACUCAGAUGACAUGGCGGCCGCCUCUUUUGGCUCUGCCAGCAGCAUUCAGACUCCAGGAGGGAACACCUCUCAGCCAACAGUAACCAUGGAAAUGGAGCCUGGCCAGGAGAACAUAGUUCCUCUCAUCUUGAAUGCAGGAGACUCACACCAGCAGCAGAACCUGCAGCUCUCCCAAACGUCUCCACCACUCCCUCUAUCCCAGGUGGCCAUCAGUGCUAUGAAUCUUGAACAACAGUUGUCUCAGUAUUCUUUCAUCAAUCAGCAGUCAAUACCCCAGACACACCAGAACCAGCAACAGACGAGUCUAGUCCAGCUGCCAUCUUCUGUGAACUCCUGCCCUACGUCAGACAACCAGACAUCUGCACAAACUAACAUGACCAUCGAUAUGAAUGCGGCCGGGUCCCUGCAGUACCGCCACAGGGUCGGGUCCUCAGCCAAUCAGUCUCCAACCUCUCCCGUCUCCAAUCAAGGCUUCUCCCCCGGAGGCUCACCUCAACACAACUCCAUCCUGGGCAGUGUGUUUGCUGACUUCUACGACCAGCAGCUGCCGUCCAUUCAGGCCAGCACUCUCUCACAACAGUUGGAGCAGUUCAACAUGAUGGAGACCAGCCAGACCUCCACCCUUAACUACUCCCAGGCUCUUAUGAUGGGUUUGACCAGCCACUGCAACCUUCAGGACUCCCAGCAGCUGGGCUACAGUAGCCAUGGCAACAUCCCCAACAUUAUUCUGACAGUGAGUGGAGAGUCUCCUCCGAGCCUCCCCAAGGACCUGACCAGCUCACUGUCCACAGACAUUGGCUUCGACAUGGACUCGCAGUUCCCACUGGAUGAUUUAAAAAUCGACCCUCUGACUCUGGAUGGCCUGCACAUGCUGAAUGACCCGGACAUGAUCCUUGCCGACCCCGCCACAGAGGACGCAUUUCGGCUCGACCGCCUCUAGUUCUUGCUCUCCAUCACUCACCGUACCUGAACCGGGCCGUCCAGCGUUUCUGCCUGAGCAGAACAAGCGAUUCCACUCAAUCGAACCCCUGACUGUGAGUUUGUCAAAAACCAAACAAAACGAAAAAUAUCCUAUUUGGGAAAUUGCAUGGAGACGUUCCUGAAGACUGCUUCUAGCUUCUGGCUAAAGGACGGGAUGAAUCUAUUAGAUGGCUCAGACUCUACAUUCACCAUUCGGAUCGCUUUUCAACACCAGGCUAACUGUUUGAGGAAUCCGGCAGCAGAGACAGCCUGGUGACUAGCUAGAGUUAAAACAAUCAGCAUAUUCCAGUCCAGCUGCCUGAGUAUUUUAUAUUUUGAUGAUUUAGAGAAAAUCCAGAAAAGGUAGACUCCUCUCAGUCUAGCUUGGGUUUUGUGCUUUCAUCUUGAUGGUUUGUGAUCUAUGGCCCAAGAGGCACUGAGUCAUCACUUUAUUUUAAGGCUAUUUCUGAGAAUAGAUUUUAUCAAAGGGAAUAGGAGUCAUCGUUUAUGCAUGAAAUCAUAAAUCACUGUGGAUACUUGUUUUGCCUUAAAAGCUUGACGUUUUGGUUUUCAUUGCAAAAAGAACAACAAAAAAAAGCUAAGAAGUCAUUUUUACUGAGUUGCAAGUUGCUUGGCCUACAUAAUUUACCGUUGUGUUGUCACUACUGCCUCAUAAGUCAGAACCUAACCGUGGAUCCGCUCGGUCUUGGUGAAGAAAACGAUGUUUACAGGCUUACUGGCAUAUACCCUUACUUGUACAGAAUGUGGUUGGAUUUUUGCGUAAUGAUAUCUAUGCAAAACUACGGUGACUAGGAGGACUGGCAGAGUUGGGAGUUCCUCUGGAACGCAUGUGGAUGUCUUUCAACAAACAUUUUUCUUUCAUUUUAAGGUCAAAUAUAGAAUAAAAUAGAGUAAGCAUGGCAGUUGCUGGAGAUUCCUGGAAUUCUCUCAAAGACGGAACCUCAGUGGGUGAAACCUUUUUUUCCAGUCAGCUGAACUGCCAAACAGCACUGUUGAUGCAAUGAGAAUGUACUUAGUUUACAUCUGUGUGGUUGUGAUGCUGUCAUUUUGUUAUCCUUAUACCCUCCUUUUCUAUUUUUUUGCUGCCUGUAGAGCCAAACACCUUCCGCCUGUUACUUUAAGCACACGUCUGAGUUUGGUUGUUUUCCUGCCAUGUUUAUGUCGUUUUUGUCUUUAAUUCAUCUUUCUGCUGUUGAGGUUUGUCUUGAUGUUGUCUUUUAGGUGGGUGGUUUCCCUUACUUUAUUCACAGAUAUGUUCCAUAUCAAAUUUUUUGCACUUUAUGCUUUCAUUCGAAAACACAGAUUCAAGAGUUUCUAUAUGGAGCGUCCCAUCCUGUGACUGUUAAGUGAACUGGACCUGUUUGAUUUGUCUUUGUUCAAGCUUGCCUUCUUGUACAAACAAAGGAGAAAAAAACGGAAAAACCCAAAAAGCUAAAUUAAAAUUAUUUUUGAAAAACAGAAUUAUCAGGAUAGUUUAUACAAAUGUGUUUUUACUGAACUAGGUUGUAUUUUAGGAUUCCUGUGUUUAAAAGCAUGUGGUCACUGCAGCAGAUUUUUUUGCUACUGUCAGAGGGUCUGGGAUAUAGAAAAUAAUAAUCGCACAGUAGAGAUGGAAAUAAAUAUGUAUCAUAAAUAAAACAGGGGAUGCACAAUAUUGUAUUAUGUUGUCUCUAGGUCUGGUUUAAGCAAGAGAUGCACCAAUCAGUGUGUUCUGACUGGAAACUGAUCUCUGUUUUAGUGAAGCCUAGAACUGCCUAAAGGAUUAGAACCGUUUCUCAUUUCUAUUCAGGAUCUAUGGAGUACAGUAUAAUAAACUGCCAUUAUAGCUCCAAUAUGGACUGGUCAUUUUCAGAGUUGGGUAAUGGAGUUGGAGUAACAUUACUUAAACUUAUUUCCAAUCUGCAAAAGUGAAAACUAGCAACGUAAGUAAGAGUAAUGCAGUAUUUGGUAGAAAGGCCUCUGAAGUACUGAGAGUAACUGAUCAUCAUCUAACUUAAUAUAUAAAAAUGACGUACUGAGGAAUGUGCAAAAUCAGGUAUUUUAACGACUAGAAAGAAAAAGAAUACAAAUAAAUAUCACAAAAUAACAAAUUCAAGCAGUAAAAUCAAUUAAAAAUAAAUGUUCUACAUAUAAGACUUAUGAAACUUAUGAAACAGAAAUGUUACUCAGGCAAAAGUAGCAAUACUUUAUGAUAGUAUUACUCAAGUAAGAGUAAAGAUUAAACUCGUAAAAUUCCUUUUAUUUUUCCUCCUGGACGUUAUUCAAGAAAAUGGAACUAGUUAGCUUAAAACAGCUCUCUAGUUGAUAUUCAGGGUUCUGCUUUCAAGAUUUGCUAUGCUAGCAUAAUGUAACAAAUAUCAAAAUGUCAAUCUUUCAUUUCCUCCUGUUUGUGGUUGGUGUCUUCAUGUUUUCAGCUCUCUAUGUAAUGAUAACUCACACAUUUGAUAGGGAGCAUAUACUAAAUUAACCUGUACAACGUCCAAAUUCCACAAAAAAAAAUUGAAAUAUUUUUAAUCUUCACUUUAAAAUCAGGUUUAAGAAGUUUAUACAAGCUAAAUAUUUUCUAUGGUUUUAAGCUUUUAAAUGUAAUUUUCCAACACUUUGUGCAUCUCUAGUUUAAAUCUACAAGUUGACAUUAGCUGAGGCUGCUUUUGACCAUUUAGGAAUAAUUUGGUAUAUUAAAAUAGGAAGUCCAUAGGUUUGGGCUAAAAUGUUGUGCAAGUGCUAAGCUGAAAAUGAAGCUGGAUGUAGGUAUACAGGAUCUGAGCCAGAAAAUCAGUCCAGGUGAAAUUUGUAUGAGAAUAAAAACAGGCUCUUUUCUUGGUCACUAUGUUGGAUCACUAUUAGCCAAUGAAAAAUAAAAUUAUUUUGCAGUUGCAAUGAUUCCUACUUAAAUGUGUUUUAAAGACUAUUUUACUUCUCCUGUCACAGUCUGAAACAGAAAGUUGGUCUUUUAUUUUUCUACUAAAUGCAUGAAACUUCAGACAUGAUUUCUCCUUUUGUUGGUGAUUGUUUUCUCUGAAUGUUGGGAGAUAUUUAGUUUAAAUAUUUAAAGGUUUUUUGUUUUGGUUUCUGUUUGCUAAAAAAAUGUUGUCAUGUUAAACUUGUGUCAGUGUGUGUAAGUGACGCCUAAAAAUGUACAGUGAUGAGCCUUUUAUGCAAAUGUGGAAGCUAUUGUUUUGGCACUGUGUUUAAUCUGCAGUAUAUAGUACAUGCUUAUUUUCUGUGCAACACCCACAGAAGUUUAUUAUGUCAAAGUAUCUGUAGGAUAGUUGUGUAUAUUGCUGUACUGUAGGAACAAUGUUUUUUUGUGCUAACUGUGAGAUGAUGUCAGAAUGGGAAAAUGCACUGAGAAAUACUG